UCCCACCCCUCCCAUCCCAUUCUUCCCCAAAUCCCUCUCUCUCUCACACAAAAACCACAGCCCAUAAACCCCUCUCUCUCUCUCUCUCUCUCUCUCUCUCUGAGAUUGAGCCCAUGGCCUUAUUUGGCAGCCACAGCCACAGCCACAGCCACUGGAUCUCCUCAAUAAUCUUGUUGGUGGGUUUUUUUUCUUCUUCUUCUUCUUCUUCAUCGAUUUCUGAUGAAUCGUCGGUCCACGAGCUUCUCCGGUCGAUGGGGCUGCCGGCGGGGCUGGUGCCGAAGCAAGUGAAGUCGUACACGGUGGCUGAAAAUGGGCGGCUGGAGGUGCUUUUGGAUGCCCCAUGUAUGGCCACUUACGAGAACAGAGUCAUUUUCGACUCUGUUUUCAGCGCCAAUCUCUCCUACGGCAGCUUGAUCGGAGUCCAGGGUUUGUCCCAGGAAGAGCUCUUUCUAUGGCUUCCGGUUAAGGACAUAAUCGUCAAUUACCCCACUUCUGGGGUCAUUCUCAUCGACAUUGGCGUCGCCCAUAAACAGCUCUCUCUCUCCCUCUUUGAAGAUCCCCCUGAUUGUAACCCUCAAGUUUCAUUGAGGAAUCCUCUGAGGAAGGAGAGAGGCUUUGAAUCUCUAAGAUGAGGAGAAAGAGGGAAAAAAAAAGAAAAAAGAAAAAAAGAAUUGUCAAACUUAAGCUUCCAACUUUUGUAUUUAUAUCAUUUUAAUGUAAUAAUUCUAAUUUGUCACACUUUAGUAUAUAAUGAAGAGCUUUGUGUGGUGGAAUUUUGA